AAUCAUGAGCUCAAAGUCCAAUGCUUCAUGCUAAUGAAAUACUUUUAAGUUGACUGCAUUGACUUCCAUAACUUUGAAGUAAGUCUUUGCAAAUGUUUCAUUCUUUUGUCUCGAUUGUCUGGAAUCUUGCCCAUGGAAGAGCGCCCCCAACUCGCCCUGUCCUCACGAUCUGGAACGAAAUCCCUAUUCGAUUCGGCUAGAAAUCUGGACGAAAAGCUCUCAGCAGACAAUCCAGCAGAAGCCCCCGGUGGAAAGAAAGAAAACUACAACAAGUAUGUGGUGUUUUGUACAUUGCUGGCUUCUCUCAACUCUCUACUGCUCGGAUAUGAUAUUGGUGUCAUGAGUGGUGCCUUGCUCUACAUCAAAGAUUACUUCGAGCUCAACAGCGUGCAGCAGGAAGUACUGGUUGGCAUUCUCAGCCUGGCGACUCUCGUGGGUGGGCUCAUGGCCGGGAAGGUGGCUGAUGCGGUGGGAAGAAGGAAGACAAUGGCUACAGCCGCCGCAAUCUUCUUCGUCGCUGCCUUGCUCAUGGCAUUGUCUCCCUCAUACGCGGUGCUCAUGGCAGGACGAGUUCUAUCGGGGUUGGGGGUCGGCUUUGCUACUAUCUCUCCAGUGUACACGGCAGAACUCUCUCCUCCCGGAAGCAGGGGAUCCCUCGGCUCGUCUGCCGAUCUUUUCGUCAACAUCGGGGUCCUGCUUGGAUACGUAGCGAACUUUGCACUCUCGCCGCUUCCCGAGUGGCUCGGAUGGAGGCUGAUGCUGGGAGUCGGCGCCGUCCCUUCCGUGUUCCUGGCUUGCGCCGUGCUGGUGAUGCCCGAGUCUCCUCGCUGGCUGGUGAUGCAAGGUAGGCUCUCUCCAGCCAAGGCAAUUCUCCUGAAAACGUGCGCUGGGAACAAGAUGGAGGCGGAGUCGAGGCUCGCGGCGAUAGUGGAGUCACUGGGAGACGAGUACGAGGUAGAGAAAGGAGAAGAACUCACCUCCUCAAAGGUGGAUGAUCCGGAAGAGCUCCUUGAGCCGAGGAGAAGAAGGAAAGCUAGCAACGUCUGGAAGCAGUUACUGCUACCGUCGGCUCCGGUGCGCAGGAUGCUACUGGUGUCACUGGGAAUUCACUUCUUCCAGCAGGCAUCGGGCGUGGACGCUCUCGUGUACUACAGCCCCACGGUGUUCGCACAGGCGGGGAUGAAGAGCAGGACGAGCGUGCUGGGCAUGACCAUCGCCGUCGGCGUGACGAAAACUCUCACCAUCCUGGUGGCCACCAUCUGGCUCGACAGCCUGGGACGCAGGCCGCUGCUCCUGGCAAGUGCCACCGGGAUGACCAUCGCGCUCACCACGGUAGCGGUGACGUUCCGCUUCCUUCACGUCGGUACGAAGGUGGACACGAGCGGUGCAGAGCACGCGUCGGUGGCGGUGGUGGUCAUCGCCAUGCUCGCCAUCUGCGGAUUCAUGACGAGCUUCUCCAUUGGAUUCGGGCCGACGGUGUGUGUGUUGACGUCGGAGGUUUUCCCGCUCACUCUCAGGGCCCGGGCGAUGAGCCUGUCCAUCGGGAUGAACAGGGCGAUCAGCGGGGCCGUGGCGCUGACUUACUUGAGCCUGGCCGGGGCGAUCACCACGUCCGGGGCUUUCUUCGUCUACGCCUCCAUCGCUCUUGCAUCCAUCGGGUUUGUUUUCUUCGUGGUGCCCGAGACCAAAGGCAAGUCACUGGAGGAGGUUUGUAAGUAUUUCGGGUGGCAGCCGGAUGAUCUCAGGCAGGAAAAAGUAUAGGAUAUAGUAUUUCUCUCUGCAUAUUGUGUCCUACAUCAACGACGUUGCAUUGAGGCAUCUUAUCAAACAUGGUCUUCGAAUCGGCCAGAUGCCCAGCCAGG